ACACAUUCAUUGAUAAAUAGAACAUAUUGAUAGACUGAUUCCUGCGUUAGAGGCCGUUCACACCGCACGUUUGUUUGUCAAAAUGUUUUUAAAUGGUCUUUGACCGUUGUCAAUUUAAAAAGAACGGCAACUUUUAAAAACACGUCUCGAGACACCUAAGUUCUGAUAUAAACUAAAUAAUAAUAAAAACAAAUUUAAACACAAGAACGAGCUCGGUCUGAACGGCCCCUCUGAACUCUGUAGCAGCAAGGCUGUCUACUUCAGCUGUCCGUCACAUGUCGACGGAGGAUUUGUCCACUUCUGACAGCGAGGCUGCCUUCGCGGGAGCCGGGGAGCGAUGGGCGCCCGUAGGAGCGGUUGCCAGUCCGGACGAUGAGCAGUGGAAGCGCGGCACGCAGGCUGGAGCAGUGUCGUCCAGCGAGACAGAGGUGGUAACGAGGCUGCGAAAGCUUGAAGGAGAGCAAGAGCAGCUAAACUCAUCACUCCUUGCCCUAACCUCACAUUUUGCUCAAGUGCAGUUUCGACUCAAACAGAUUGUCCAUGCUCAAAGCGAGGAGAAAGAGAGGAUGCUGCUGGAGCUGGAGGAGUUCGCCUUUAAAGGAUGCCCUCAUGUCAUCGGGUGCAGGGCACAGGACGCCCAGAUGUUGGAGAAAUCUAGUGAAAGGGAGAAGAGGGAGCGUUUGGAAGCUCAGAGACAGAAGCAGAAGGAACUGAUUUUCCAGCUAAAGACCCAACUCGAUGAUCUGGAACGCUUUGCCUACCAGGAGGGCAGCUAUGACUCAUUGCCUCAGUCUGUUGUCAUGGAGAGGCAGAGGGUAAUCAUUGAUGAGCUGAUUAAGAAGCUGGAUGUGAACCUGAAUGAAGACAUAGGGAACCUUACUCCAGAGGAGCUCAGACAGAGAGUGGACUCUGCCAUAGCUCAGAUAGUCAACCCGGCAAGAGUCAAAGAGCAGCUAGUUGAGCAGCUCAAGACCCAGAUCAGAGACUUGGAGAUGUUCAUUAACUUCAUACAGGAUGAAGUGGGGAACCCUCUUUUAAAUGAUGGUGCAAACAGCCAACAGCCCCGAGCAGCUGGACCAAACACUGGAGCCACUAGAGGGAUGAAACGAGUGGACCCUGAACAGGCUCGGAGGAUGCGAGAAACUGGGCUUCAGCUGAUCCAGAAAGCCUUAGCUGUGCUGCAGAUUUUUGCUUUGAGCCAGUUUGGAUGUGCUGCGGGCCAUGUGCCCCAAAAUGUGUGGUCUCAUGGGGGUGAGCCUCAAGAUUACGGCCCUCUGUUGCAGAAACUGGAAGGAGCUGUGGAGCGUGUACAUCUCCAAGCCUGUCGCAAUCAGCCGGCUUCUCAGGAGGAACACGUGGUCAGUUACUCCACCUGCCUGUUACCGGGAGGAUCUCGGGACGAACUCACCGCUUCAGUGCGCAAAGAGUUGGCAAUGGCACUGCGGGACCUGCUGGCCCACGGCCUGUACGCUCCUUCUGAGGGCAUGAGCCUGGUGCUGGCCCCCAUUUCCUGCCUGUUGCCCUUCAGUGCUUCUCCACAGACCUUGCAUCCAUGGGAACUCUUUGUCAAGUUCUACCACUCCAAAAAUGGCCAGGCUUUUGUCGAGUCCCCUGCUCGCCAACUCUCACAAUCUUAUAGUUUGCCUGUAGGGGAUGGUCCUGUGACCGUAACUCCCAAGCAGUCUCUGUUAUGGGCCAUUCAUACAGUGCUUAAAGAGCAUGGACGAUAUAAACGUAGUGCAGACUCAGAGUUUAAGGCCUUAGUGUGUAUGGCACUCAAUGAGCAGAGGCUUGUGUCCUGGCUCAACCUGCUGUGUAAGUCUGGAACACUAAUCCACUCACACUACCAACCAUGGAGCUACAUGGCACAGACGGGCUUUGAGGGUGCCCUGCGCAUACUGGGCUGCCUCAGCCAUCUUAAAUUCAGCCUUCCUGUUGACUUGGCUGUCAGGCAGUUGAAAAAUAUUAAAGAUGCUUUUUAAGUAAACUAAAAUGACAUGUAGGAAGUUUGUGUAAUAUAAUAAGGGUAUACAGCUAAGUAUGUUCAAUCAGAGGUACUCUGAGAUAAAUAAGUACUCUGGAAUAAGAACAGUUAAUAUGGAAGUCAUUUCGAAAUAAUGCAACUCUUGAGGUUCUGUGUUGAUAUGGGCCCACAUGCCUCCCAUUUUCUAAUAACUGAAGAGGAUGAUGAAGGCAAAUGCUGCAUUAGUCACACCUCAUAGGAAUUUUGCUCAAGUCAGUGACCCUGAGCAUGUGACUGCCUCCACCUUUGACACACACAGCUAUGCUUAUACAUAAACAUUUAACCUUUGAGCUGAUUUGUUAUGUCCAGCUUUUACCAAAAUCAAUAACUAUUGUAUGUAGAUGUAUUACUUGAACACUUCUCAAGGGCCAUGCUGAAGGUUGUUGUGUAUGUUGGAGAUCAUCUACUGUAUCUACAUAAGUUAAACAUGAUCUAAAGGGAAGUAUUAAAGGGAUUAAUAGAUGGACCCAAAAAUGAAAAUGCUCUCAUCAUUUACCAUUCACCAUUCUCUUGCCAUUCCAGAUAUGUUUGACUUUCUUCUACUGAACACAAACAGAGAUUUUUGGAGAAUCUCUCAGCUCUGUUGGUCCUUACAAUACAAGUGAAUGGUGACCAGACCUUUUAAAGCUCAAAUAAACACACAAAAGCAGCAUAAAAGUAAUCAAUCCUCCAGUCCAUAUCUUCAGAAGCAAUAUGACAGGUGUGGGUGAGAAACAGAUCAAUGUUUAAGUUCUUUUUUACUAUAAUUAUCCUCCCUAUCAAGUAGGUGGUGAUAUGUACAAAGAAUGUGAAUUGCUAAAAACAAAAAAACAAUGUGAAAGUGGCUAUUGAUAGCAAAACAAUAUUUUAUAAAUAGACUUAAAUAUUGAUAUUUUUCAUACCCACACCUAUUCUAUUGCUUCUGAAGAUAUUGAGUCUUAUGGAUUACUUUUAUGCUGCCUUUAUAUGAUUUAUGGAGCUUGAAAGGUCUGUUCACAUUCACUUGCAUUGUAUGGGCCUACAGAUCUGAGAUAGUCUCCUAAAAAAAUUGUUUUUGUGUUCUGCAGACAGGAAAGUCAUACACAUCUGCGCUGGCAUAAGGGUGAGUAAAUGAUGAGAGAACUUUCAUUUUUGGAUGAACUGUUCAUUUAACAGACUAUUCAACGCUAUUUGUUUUGUUGUAAACCUUCGAGACCAAGUCCACUUAUUUCCAAUAAGUUGGUUACGAUAAAAAAAACUAAAUUAUGGGACAGUGUUUCACUCUAAACAAAUGAUAUAAUAUAUAUAAAAUUUGUUUAUAUAUAAUUUCAUAGAGGUUUGCAUGCCUUUACAUUUCAAACACUGGAAUUGUACAUAUCAGGGUUGGGUCAUUUCAGCUCUGCUGCUCUUUGUGUGUCCUGAUCACUGUCUGAGAAGACCAUGCAUGCUGGUGAGACCUCACCUAGGUCAAAUAAUACACUCAGGUCAUUUAGUUAAAUCAAAGUGAGCAAAACUAACAUAGAAAUGUGUUUGUAAAUCACUGGAUUCUCUCAAAUGCUUUAAUUCCACUGUCUGGCCCAUUUCAGCCAGUUGUCACUUGAAAAUGACUGUAGAAAACUAAUGAGAUUAUCAGAAUACUGUGUUAGUGAGUGCACAUGAGUUUAGAAGAGUUCAUCAGACAACCAUAAUGAAAAUAUUUGCUGUGCAUUGAUGCUGAAUGAGUUAUUUAUGUUGUAUUAUGCUCUGCCACCAUUCAGAGGUGGUACUUGAAUGUCUGCUGUUCUCUGUGUGGUCAAACCUUGUUUACUGCUCUAAUCAUAUUGAAUGUACAGUCCUUGAAAUUGUAUCUUGCUACCUGAUUCCACAUUCCUUAUUAAACUGCCCUGAAUACUGAUUU